GGGGGCCGCUUCAGGUCAUCUGCGCAGCAGCUGGGGCCGCUGCAGCGGGGCGGGGGAGACCGGAGGAGGAUGCCUUGCCGCUGGAUCGGGGCUCUCCUCCUCCUCCGGAGGCCCCCCUGGAGAUGCGCUCGCCAAGCGGGCUGCCUGGCAGAAACCUUUUGGAGAAGGCGGGGCGGACCAACCGCAGGACCUUCUGUGCGCUCUCUGUCUGGAUUCUCCCGUGCGGGGCGAGCGAGGCCGUCUCGCUCGCUCUGAACCCUAAUGAGAGCCGUGGUGUACCCAGCGCAGUCCUCUCCGCAAGGAAGCAAGUCACACUGAGUUCCACAGGCCCGUCUGCUGAGGCGUGUAGCUCGAAUCCUUUCGGCUCUCUGUGGGGUGUGAUGUUCUUGGAAGAAGGGUUUUGGCUGCAAGGAGGCUCUUAAAUGCAAGGAUCCUGGCCACCUACCAACGUCAUGCUGAGUGUCCAAUGUUUUCACCUGAGUUGGAGGUGAACUUGGCAGGAAGUCGCUUAUGACUUGGCCUUCCAGAAUGACCAAAGCGCGGCUCUUCCGCCUGUCGGUGGUGGUAGGUUCCAUCUUUAUGAUCCUGCUGAUCAUUGUGUAUUGGGACAACGUGGGGACUGCCCACUUCUACCUGCAUACCACCUUCUCCAGGCCUCAUGGGGUGCUCCCCACUGUUGUGAAGGAUGUCGGCCAAGAUCCUUUGUCGGAUGUGGACGAGUUCUUGGAGAAGCUUCUCAGCUCUGACUUGAGGAAGAAGGUUGACUUGGGUCGAAAAACAGAGCAGCCGCCCGCACAGGCCUCGAGCAGGCCCGUUGCUGGCAACUUGGAAGAGAACGUAAGGGGUUACGAUUGGAGUACCCGUGACGCCAGCACGAUCCUCGACCAAGAGAAGUUGCAAGCAGAGAGGCGGAGGACGCUGAGGGAAUUAUGUGCCAAUUCCAACUUCGCCUUCCCGACCAAGGAGCGCUCCUUUGAUGACAUCCCCAACUACGAGCUGAACCAUCUCAUAGUUGACGACCGCCAUGGCGUCAUCUACUGUUACGUCCCCAAAGUGGCCUGCACCAACUGGAAGCGGGUGAUGAUUGUGCUGAGCGAGAGCUUGAUGGACCAGGGCAUCCCGUAUGCCGAUCCCUUGGACAUCCCCCGUGAGCACGUCCACAACACCAGCACCCACUUCACCUUCAAUAAGUUCUGGCGCCGCUAUGGCAAAUUCUCCCGCCACCUCAUGAAGAUCAAGCUGAAAAAGUACACCAAGUUCCUCUUUGUCCGCGACCCCUUUGUCCGACUCAUUUCAGCCUUCCGCAGCAAAUUUGAGCUGGAGAAUGAAGAGUUCUACCGCCGGUUUGCCAUCCCGAUGCUCAGACUUUACUCGAACUAUACCAGCAUUCCCACGUCGGUCAGUGAGGCCUUCGAGGCAGGCCUCAAAGUCUCCUUCUCGGAUUUCAUCCAGUAUUUGCUGGAUCCCCGGACAGAGAAGUUGGCCCCUUUCAACGAGCACUGGCGGCAGGUCUAUCGCCUGUGCCACCCGUGCCAAGUGGAGUAUGACUUCAUUGGCAAACUGGAGACCUUGGAUGAGGACGCAGCUCACCUGUUGCAGCUUCUCAAGGUGGACCAUCUCCUCCGCUUCCCUCCCAGCUACCGGAACAGGACAGCCAGCAGCUGGGAGGAAGACUGGUUUGCCAAAAUCCCCAUGGCAUGGAGGCGGCAGCUGUACAAACUGUACGAGGCAGAUUUUGUACUCUUUGGCUAUCCCAAACCAGAAAACUUGUUCAAAACCUGAGCAAGACAGAUCUGGGGGGAAAGAGAGCCCCCUGCAAAGAGCCCCCUUUUUCAGAAUAAGAGAGCCCCUCUGCCUAUGUUAAAACACUCAAGUGUACUUUAUUUUUUAUUUUUACAGUAUUUUACACUCCGUUGUCUGGUUGCAAGAUUCUUGGAAUCUCCCUUUGGAAAAACGUUUUCCCAAAUUCCCUUCAGAUUUUUUUUUAAAAAAUGUUUUGUUAAAUGUAUCCUGCAGUUCUGAAGUUAGGAUACGACAUUGUCUAUUCCACCAGCAGUAUUCUUUGGGAUGCUUUUUAUUAGUGCAUUUUAAAAAAAAAGAAAGAGAGAUGAAUUAAUAUAUUAAAAUAUUUAAUACAAAG